CCCCCCGGGGCGCAGUAGGGGGCCGGCGCCAUGGAGCCCCCGGCCGCCCCCUCGGAGAGGAGCCUGUCUCUGUCUCUGCCCGGGCCCCGGGAGGGCCAGGCCACCCUGAAGCCGCCCCCCCAGCACCUGUGGCGGCAGCCGCGUACCCCCAUUCGUAUCCAGCAGCGCGGCUACUCCGACAGCGCGGAGCGCGCAGAGCCCGAGCGGUCGCCACACCGGCCCAUAGAGCGCGCCGACGCCGUGGACACCGGCGACCGGCCCGGCCUGCGCACUUCCCGCAUGUCCUGGCCCUCGUCCUUCCACGGUACAGGCACCGGCAGCGGCGGCGCGAGCGGAGGCAGCUGCAGGCGGCAUCUUCGGCUUCUCCGCAGUUUCCAGGACUUUGGCCGCCAGGCGUGGGUGGGCUUUGAGGCAGAGAAUGGGCCCUCGCCAUCUCCCGGCCGCAGCCCCCUGGACUCGCAGGCGAGCCCGGGCCUCGUGCUGCAUGCUGGGGCCGCCACCAGCCAGCGCCGGGAGUCCUUCCUGUACCGCUCAGACAGCGACUACGACAUGUCCCCCAAAACUAUGUCCCGGAACUCGUCGGUCACCAGCGAGGCGCAUGCUGAGGACCUCAUUGUGACACCUUUUGCCCAGGUGCUGGCCAGUCUCCGGAGUGUUCGCAGCAACUUCUCACUCCUGACCAAUGUACCCAUUCCCAGCAACAAACGGUCCCCAUUGGGCGGCCCAACCCCCGUCUGCAAGGCCACGCUAUCAGAAGAGACAUGUCAGCAACUGGCCCGGGAGACACUGGAGGAGCUGGACUGGUGUCUCGAACAGCUGGAGACCAUGCAGACAUACCGCUCCGUGAGCGAGAUGGCUUCUCACAAGUUCAAGAGGAUGUUAAACCGUGAACUCACACACCUGUCAGAGAUGAGCAGGUCAGGAAACCAGGUCUCUGAGUACAUCUCCACCACAUUCCUGGACAAGCAGAAUGAAGUGGAGAUCUCAUCUCCCACAAUGAAGGAUCGAGAAAAACAGCCAGCACCACGGCAGAGACCCUCCCAGCAGCCCCCGCCCCCCGGGCCACAGUUCCAGCCCAUGUCUCAGAUCACAGGGGUGAAGAAGUUGAGACACAGCAGCAGCCUGAAUGAUUCCAGCAUCCCCCGCUUUGGGGUAAAGACCGACCAAGAGGAGCUCCUGGCCCAAGAACUGGAGAACCUGAACAAGUGGGGCCUGAACAUCUUUUGCGUGUCAGAAUACGCCGGGGGCCGCUCCCUCAGCUGCAUCAUGUACACGAUAUUUCAGGAGCGGGACUUGCUAAAGAAGUUUCGCAUCCCAGUGGACACCAUGGUGACCUACAUGCUGACCCUGGAGGACCACUACCACCCCGACGUGGCCUACCACAACAGCCUGCACGCGGCUGACGUGCUGCAGUCCACACACGUGCUGCUGGCCACGCCCGCGCUCGAUGCUGUGUUCACGGACCUGGAGAUUCUUGCCGCCCUCUUUGCGGCUGCCAUUCACGACGUGGACCACCCUGGGGUCUCCAACCAGUUCCUCAUCAACACCAAUUCGGAGCUGGCGCUCAUGUACAACGACGAGUCGGUCCUGGAGAACCACCACCUGGCCGUGGGCUUCAAGCUGCUGCAGGAAGAUAACUGCGAUAUCUUCCAGAAUCUCAGCAAGCGCCAGCGGCAGAGCCUGCGCAAGAUGGUCAUCGACAUGGUGCUGGCCACGGACAUGUCCAAACACAUGACCCUCCUGGCUGACCUGAAGACCAUGGUGGAGACCAAGAAAGUGACCAGCUCGGGUGUCCUCCUGCUGGACAACUACUCUGACCGCAUCCAGGUCCUUCGCAACAUGGUGCACUGUGCGGACCUCAGCAACCCCACCAAACCACUGGAGCUGUACCGACAGUGGACGGACCGCAUCAUGGCCGAGUUCUUCCAGCAGGGAGACCGGGAGCGGGAGCGGGGCAUGGAGAUCAGCCCUAUGUGCGACAAGCACACAGCCUCGGUGGAGAAGUCUCAGGUGGGUUUCAUUGACUAUAUUGUACACCCGCUGUGGGAGACGUGGGCUGACCUGGUCCACCCAGAUGCCCAGGAGAUCCUGGACACGUUGGAGGACAAUCGGGACUGGUACUACAGCGCCAUUCGGCAGAGCCCUUCCCCGCCACCUGACGAGGAGCCCAGAGGGCCAGGCCACCCACCCCCACCGGACAAGUUCCAGUUUGAGCUGACUCUGGAGGAGGAAGAGGAAGAGGAGGUGUCUACCGCCCCAGGUGCAUUUGAAGUGCGGGAUUUGACCAUGGCUCAGGAUCCAUCCCCGGCUCAGGAACUGUGGGAGGUGGAUGGCCAUGCCCUGCCCACAGAGGUGAAGGUAGAGGAACCUGGCGUCACACAGCAAGGCAACUCAGCACAUAGUGUGGCUACGCGCGAGGACGGGGCCAUGUCCCCAGACGCAUCCGUGGAGGCUGGGGGCCACAGCAGCCCCCUGGCCCUGUCUACUGAGAGCCCCCCUCUGCCUUCCUUGAGGACCCCGCCCUCUCCAGAGGAAGCCCCGGGCCUCGAGGGCCUCCCCUCCGUGGCGGCCGAGGUGGGGGCCCAAAAAGAGCACCAGGCUGCCAAGAGGGCGUGCGGUGCCUGCACGGGAACAUCUGGCGAGGAGCCCACCCCACUCCCAGCUCCUGGUGGGUGGGGGUCAGCUGGAGGUCCUACCUGAGCCCCAGCCCCUCCAUCCUGUUGCUCUCCCCGCCUCCCUCCACCACCAUCACCCCGCGACCACCUCCUCCACUGCCUCAAAGACUCUUGGGCCUCCUGAGAAAAAAGAAAACAGAAAAGUG